UUGCUUUCACCAACCCCUCAAAAACAAAAAAAGAAAAGAGUUUGCUUUCACCAACCAGCAGCUCGUUUCCCCACCCCCGCCGCCGCGCCGCCAUGCUCCGGCUUCGGCGCUGCGUCCUCACCCAGCUCCUCUCGUCUCGGCCCGCCUCUCCCGUCUCCCAGCUCCGCCGCCUCAUCUCUGCCGCCGCGCCCGUCGUCUCCCCGAACCCUAGCUUCGCGGUGGAGAACUACCUCGUCGACACCUGCGGCCUCACCGGGGCCCAGGCACUCAAGGCCUCCGCCAAGCUCAACCACCUCAGGUCCCCCUCUAAUCCCGACGCCGUCCUCGCCUUCCUCGCCGGCCUCGGCCUCUCCAGCGCUCACGUCGCCGCCCUCGUCGCCAAGGACCCCAAGUUCCUCUGCGCCGGCGUGGAGAGGACCCUGGCCCCCGUCGUCCUCGGGCUCACCGGCCUCGGUCUCUCGCAUCCUGAGAUCGCGCGCCUCGUCUCGCUCGGCGGCGCCCAGUUCCGUUGUAGAUCUAUCGUCUCCAGCCUACAGUACUACCUGCACCUCUUCGGCUCCGCCGAGAAGCUCUUCCGGGCGCUCAAGUACGGCUCCUGCCUUCUCUCGUCCGACCUUGAGCUUGUGAUCAAGCCCAACGUCGCGUUCCUGGAGGAGUGCGGGCUCGGCGCUUGCGAUAUUGCCAAGCUGUGCACCUACGCGCCAUGGUUGCUUAGCACCAAGCUGGAGCGUCUCCAGGCAAUGGUCGCAUGCGCCGAAGGCAUAGGCGUGCCUCGGGGCUCCGGGAUGUUCAGGCAAGCGCUGCAGGUCGCAUUCUACGGCGAGGAGAAGAUCACAGCCAAAGUGGACCACUUGAAGAACAUGUUCAGGUGGUCGGAUGCUGAGGUGCGCAUUGCUGUUUGCAAAGCUCCAAUGGUGCUGACGUUGUCCAAGGACCUGCUGCAGAGGAAGUCAGAGUUCCUGGUCUCUGAAGUUGGGUUGGAACCGGCAUACAUUGCUCAUCGGUUGACAUUGCUCACUUACAGCCUAGAGGGCCGGCUAAGGCCCCGGUACUAUGCUGUAAAGUUUCUUAAGGAAAAUGGAUUGCUAGAUCAUGGACGAGACUACUAUGCUGCAGUUGUGCUGCGCGAGAAGGUAUUCAUGGAGAAGUUCAUAUGCCCUCACAAGAAAGCUGCACCGCAACUCGCCAAAGACUAUGCAGCAGCUUGCAGAGGGGAAGUGCCGGCUAGAUUCAGAUUUACAUGAACAAGACCAGUAUGAAAUUUCGUGACAUUUUCACUCUUUGUGUGAGAUUCAAGAGAAACAUGCAACACAUGUGGUGGCUACCAUAAGCUAAGCUGGACUGUCGAAGACUCGAAGUAAUUGUUCUUGAGGCUUAAUUCAGAAGUAGUCUUCUAUCUAUUGUCGGUACCUUGCCUUGAUGUAGGUGACGGCGUGUCCUUGAUGGUGGUGCGGAUAACGAAGAGAUCGCCGUCUCCCUGGGGAUGAUCAGGAGACAACGCAGCAGCAGCAGCAGAGGGAAGCUGCAAUAAUCCUGCCAUGCAAACUCAGCAGCACAUGUUCCCAGCCCUCUAUAUUUACACAUACGCCUACUAAAAUUUUAUCAGCAACGAUGUACUAGUAUUGUUCUGUUUCCAGAGCAAACUCAGCAGCAGAGGUUUAUUUAGAUCAGCUGAAGAGGCUAAUAUACCUUUUUUUUUGCGGGUAGAGGCUAAUAUACUGUGAACUGCAUAUUUGGACAGUGAUGGUCCAUCAUUCAGGGAAAAGUCAGACAUCUGCAAGUUCAUGAUUGUGGACUUUACACAGAGAAGAGAGCCUGCCUACUAUUCAUAUAUGCAAAUAAUAACGCAGUGAUGGAACUGCAAGUUAAGUUGUACCGAAGCUAAAAAACUGGGGUUUUAAUGAACAUGACAGGUAUAUGGUGCCACGAACAGGGAAUUGGAGUCGGUUCAACUACAUGGAUAACCAGAAUGAGCAGCUAUGACAAGAUAGUGCAGAUCUAGCGAGACAUUCUAGUUCCCAAAGAGCAGCAGCAAAGGGGAAGUUCCGCAGCAACAAUGGAGAACCAGCUCAAAUUUCCUGACAGUCAAGUGCGCUGCACAAACACAUGCGAUUGGUGCACCUUCUACUCGCUGUCACCCAUGUCCUUGUCUCCAACCAGAUAGAGCUUCUGCCCGUCAUUGACCAUGUCCACAUCCUGGACCGUCGCGCCAUCCUGACAGAGCAAGCGCAUGCAUGAGCUGGACAAACCCAGCUUCUCCUGGGCUGACCCGAUGAGUUCAUUGAUAGUGUGAGGAAUCCACAACAUCACCCCCUCCUUUCGCUUGGCAUCAGUAUCCCAUGGAUGAGGUGCGAGCUUCUGAACUUGCCUCUCACUUCUUCGCCUCGUGUGGGGAACUUGGAGAGCUCGUCGGCUUUCGCCUGUUCAAGCAGCAUUAUAAGUGGCUUACUCCCGGACUUGUGUCCUUCAUCCAGAGGAGUAGUACCGCGUCUGCAUAAUUGGCAAUGUCAAGCUCAAGCAUGCCUUCAAAGUUACAAACAGAGUACUUCUUUAGCAAAAGUAUUACACUCUAAGUGGCUUCAAGAUUGAUGGCACAGAUAAAAGAUGAAGUAUUAUUUGGUGGUACCUGUCUGUUGCAAGCACACUUGCGCCAGCUUCUACCAGCAACUUCGCCAUAAUAUACAAGCCCUCUGCAGCGGCUAUGUGGAGAGGAUUGCGGUGGUCGUAGUCUUUCGAGUUUGGGUCAGCACCAUAAGCUAGAGCCCCCCGAAUGAAAUCAGAGUCUCCCUUCGAUACUGCUAUGCAGAGAUGGCUACCGGCAUUCUCGAGGUUCAGCUUGGCUCCUUUGCUGAAGAGUAAUGUGGCCACUCUAUCAUGCCCCUGCCUCACCGCCUCUAGUAAGGGCGUGUUCCCAAAUUUAUCUGCUAUCGAGCAACAUUAAGUGCAUAAAAGUGUGAUCACAUAACUAUACAAGUUUAUAUGCAAGAAGCUGGAAAAUUGCUGCAAGGAUGCAUUUCGACGAGUGAGCAUACCAGUCAGAUUGAUAUCAGCCCCUUGAUGGAUAAGGAACUGCACAAUAUCUUCAUACCCUCUGGAAGCUGCAAGAUGCUGCGAUGAAGAUGCUGGUUACAUCAGGCAUGGAAUAUUCAUCAUGGAGGGUUCAAAUGUUUUGAAUUAGAUAAGAACCAUAUAACCAAAUCUUAGUAAUUUGUACCAAAGGAGACCGCCUAUCAUAAUCACUAUUCUUUGGAUUGGCUCCAGCCCGGAUUAAGCCAGUCAACUGAUGAAGGUCGCCAUAAAAAGCGGCGUUAUUAACUCUUAAGUCGGAGAUAGCACAUCAAGAAAAAAGAUGCAGCAUCUAUGAAUACUGGACUUAGAUGAAAUAAUUAAUGGCAUGUUGGUUGUUUCUACUGUGUACCUCGGUAAGAUUGCUCAAAAGUUUUCUUCCAUCAGUGAAAUAAAUCUCCAAUAUGUGCGCGAAGGAUUCUUUAUCCAACCGUAAGAGCCUGCAAAGUUCGCAAACACGAACAGUGUAGGGCUGUGGAAUGUUGCAGAGAAUAGCAAUUUCUCCAAAAGAAUUCCCUUGCUCCAACAUAAGAAUAGUCUCUUGACCAUCUUCGCCAACGGCAGCACCUUCCUGAACGGAAGAAUAUAUGUUGUCUAAGAUGGAUAAUAACUAGUUGUAAGGUCAAAUUUCAGCUAGGAAUGACUGCACCAUUAGCUUGGGACACAAUUUGUGGCAUUAGAAAUGUACCCGAAAAGAACAACUUAGUUGUGGUGCAUGUGCGUUAUUAUGAUACAAUUGUACGUAGAGAAUUUCUUUCACAAUCGACAGUACAUUUAUAAAUACAAAGAUAAACAAGCGGUGCCAAAAAAUAUGUGAAUACAAUGUUAAUAUUGAGAG